CGAGACAAGGUCUGCCCUGUCAGUCGUGAUUUAGAAAAUCGUCUAAACGAAAGGGAACGAUAUAAAAAGAAAGCUAGAUAUGUUGCAAUGUGUGAUCAUUAAACCAUGCAUUGCAGAACCAGGAAAAACAUUAUAGCAAUGGCAAGGUAGCUAGUGCCCAAGGCGCCUGUGCUAACCUUAGCCCCUAUAGGCACGGCUAAAUAUCUAGCUAGCUAACUACUGUUAGAUACAAUGCUAGUUAACAUUGUCAAAUGACAUGCUCGUAGGCAAUAGCACUGGGCAUAUUCUUAUUGAGUGUUUUAAGCAAACGUUAGUAUCUUUUUUGCCCAUAUGGGGACGCAAGAGACAGCUGGGAUCAUAGAGAACCGUAUUCUAAUUCCUAAUUCUAUGGCUGAAAGCUUGGCUAGCUGGCUAACCAACUGGUGUUGUGCCACAGAUCCAGUUUGCCAAUCAUUGGUGAGUUCUCGUUGAGGAGGAGGCAAUGACAAGAGGAGCGGAGACGUGACAGACUGUCUUCUGUGACCCGACCAUCGAAGUAGCUAAUCCUGUUGACAAUCUGGGAACGUUUACAGUUUUUCCAAAUGCAUCCAGAGAGAGAUCCCUCUCCGUGGAUCAGAAUGCGAUCCAAGAAGAACAGAUAAUGCGAAAAAGCUUUCUAGGCAGAGCAGGGCAUGAAAUCAACGAGAACUGCACACAUGCUGACAGAACCAGCUCAUUGAACCUGUAGGAAGCAUGACAGCAUAUUCCUGUCUAUUUGAUCUAUUUAUUUAUUUUGGUGAAGUAGAAAUGAUUGUGUCUGUACUUCACCACCGGUUUCCAUAUUUGCAUGUACUAAUUCUAUUAACCGAUUAAUUAAAGAGAUCAGUCAGAAUUUAUUUUUCAAGAUGACGGUGGAGGGUUCCACAAUAAAGAGUCGGAUCAAAAAUCUGCUUCGCUCGCCAUCUAUAAAAUUGAGAAGGAAUAAAGCUCUGAACAACAAAGAAAAUCUCACUAACAAGGUGACACUGGAGAAGGUGCUAGGGAUCACAGCAUUUGGGAACCGCGCUUUGGCUUGUGACCCUUGCUCUGGACUCGUGGCCUACCCAGCUGGAUGUGUGGUGGUGCUGCUGAACCCCAAGAAGAACAAACAGCAUCACAUCCUCAACAGCUCCAGGAAAACCAUCACCACUCUGUCAUUUUCCCCUGAUGGCAAAUUUGUGGUCACAGGAGAGAGUGGACACAUGCCUGCUGUGCGGGUGUGGGACGUUGCAGAACGGACCCAGGUUGCUGAGUUACAGGAACAUAAGUACGGCAUCUCCUGUGUGGCGUUCUCCCCCAACAGCAAGUACAUCGUCAGCGUGGGAUACCAGCACGACAUGAUUAUCAAUGUUUGGGCCUGGAAGAAAAACAUAGUGGUGGCAGCCAACAAGGUGUCCAGUAAAGUCACAGCUGUGUCCUUCUCAGAUGACAGCAACUACUUUGUCACGGCAGGGAACAGGCACGUCAAGUUCUGGUACCUGGAUCACACCAAAUCGUCCAAGGUGAACGCCACGGUUCCUCUGCUGGGUCGCUCGGGGCUCCUGGGGGAGCUGAGGAACAACUUCUUCAGUGACGUGGCAUGUGGGAAGGGUCGUAAAGCCGGCAGCACCUUCUGCAUCACCUCCUCGGGCCUGCUCUGCGAGUUCAGUGACAAACGCCUGCUGGACAAAUGGGUGGAGCUACGGAAGAACGACAGUGUCACAACCAGUCAGGCCACAUCUCUGUCUGUGACGGACGAGCUGAUCUUCUGUGGCUGUGCCGACGGCACGGUUAGGGCCUUCAGCCCCGUCAACCUACACUUCAUCUGUACCCUGCCACGCCCACACUGCCUGGGCACAGACAUCGCCACCGUGGUGGAGGCUAGUCACCUCUUCAGCCACAAGAUGGACGCCCGGUGCCCAGAUACGGUGGCUGUAUCUUAUGACCCUGCGAGCCGCUGGCUGUCCUGUGUCUACAACGACCACAGCCUGUACGUGUGGGACGUACGGGACCUCCGCAAAGUGGGCAAGGUCUACUCCGCCCUUUACCACUCGGCCUGCGUGUGGAACGUCGAGGUGUACCCAGACAGGGUAAGUGAUGGCAGGCAGCCCUGUUUGCCUCCAGGCUCCUUCCUCAGCUGUUCUUCAGACAAUACUGUCCGGCUCUGGAACACUGAUGGACACAACACAACUCUUAGCCGCAACGUCAUCAGCAACGACCUCCAAAAGAUCAUCUACAUGGACAACAACACGGCCGGCCUGCUGGACACAGAGUGCCUCAACUCGGGGAACGGAGAGAAGGCCGACCCCCAGACCUCCGAGACCAGGACGGGCAUCAGGACCAUGUGUGUGAGCCCAGACGGGCAGCACCUGGCAUCGGGCGACCGGACCGGCACCUUGAGGAUCCACGAUCUAGAGAGCAUGGGGGAGAUUCUGAACGUUCAGGCCCACGACUCAGAGAUCCUGUGUCUAGAAUACUCCAAGCCUGAGACAGGGCUGAAGCUGCUAGCCACAGCGAGUCGAGACCGGCUGAUCCACGUGCUGGAUGCAGAGCGGGAGUACAGCCUGCUGCAGACGCUGGAUGAACACUCCUCUUCCAUCACCGCUGUACGAUUCGCUGCCAAUGAAGGCAAGGUCAGGAUGAUCAGCUGUGGCGCUGACAAGAGCAUCUACUUCCGCACAGCGCAGAAGUCAGAUGAAGGAACCAUGUUUACCCGCACCCACCACAUCGUACGCAAGACAACGCUGUAUGACAUGGAUAUCGACCCCACCAGGAAGUAUGCUGUUAUUGGUUGUCAGGACCGCAGCAUCAGAAUCUUCAACAUCAGUAACGGAAAACAGAAGAAACUGUACAAAGGCUCCCAAGGAGAGGAUGGGACUGUCAUCAAGGUUCAGACAGACCCCUCAGGGCUGUAUGUGGCCACCAGCUGUUCAGACAAGAACAUCAGCAUCUUUGACUUCUACUCUGGGGAGUGUGUGGCCACCAUGUUUGGACACUCUGAGGUUGUGACUGGAAUGAAGUUUACCAAUGACUGCAAGCACAUGAUAACUGUGUCUGGUGAUAGCUGUAUCUUUGUGUGGCGUCUGGCCCCGGAGCUGACCAUCAGUAUGAGACAGCGUCUCUCUGACCUCAAGCAGAAUGGCAAGCCAGUUCAGAAGACCCCACUUCACAAACCUUGCAAUCUCAGCACCAGGAGAGAGGUACAUAGCACCCCUCCCAUUGUCACCAUGUCCUCUGACAGUGACAAAGAGGUGGAGGAGGAGGGGAUAGAAGAAGAGGAUGAGGAAGAGAGGGUCUCUCCUUACAUGGUGUCAGGCUGCAGUGCAGGGGAAGAGACAGACACCUCAGAUGAAAAGCACAACUCUCAUGAACUGAAAAGGGAGAACUCUUUUGGCAGGCGGUCCUCCCAGGGCAGUCACCACUCUGAGGACAGGGGUCCUCGUCCGCGGCGCCGCUGGUCCAGACGCAUGGACAGCAUGGAUCUGAUGGUCAAGUCCAUGUUAGACCUCAGACAGCUGGACUCCUUCGCCAUGCCCCCCUCCUCCCCCACUAAGACCCAGACCCAGCCUGUUUCUGACUCCUUCAGAGACCUAUUCAGAGAGGAAGAGCUGGGCAGUACCAUCAGCCUGCAACCCCUCACUGCAUGGGGGGAGUCUGAGCAGAGGUCCCAGCAGCGGCCCAAAUACAUCAUGCUCUCUCCACAGACACCUGACACAGAGACAGGCCCAGUGCUGUACCCCGACGGCUUUGAGGACAGGGUCAGCUUAGCCGGCAGUGAGUACCUGGUGAAGGAGCUGCUGCCUGGGCCCAGCAGGAGUGUGAAGGGGUACCAGAACUACAACCAGUGGAGCCAGGGCCACCAUGACAAACACAGCCCAGACAGCGCCUGCUCUGUGGACUACUCCAACAGCAGACUGUUCAGCCCAGACAGUCAGCAGCAGCCUCCUGGAGAGGACCCUGAGCCCACGGAGCCUCUCAGUGUGGAUGGGAACUCCUCUGAAUUGGACCUGGAGGAACUGGAGGUGGAAGAGGAGGGGGGCGUAGGGAGGGGAGAUGCCAAGGGGGUGACGGUAGUACCCCAGACCCCCGACCAGGAGGCCUUCCUCAAACAGCACUUUGGCAACCUGGCUGAGCUUAACGACCCAGUGAGUCCGACGAGAGCUGCCACCCCUGACAAUAUCAGCAUCUCCUCCAAGUUCCUGUCUCAAUGCUCUACUGGAAGCAGGACCUCCUUUCCAUUCCUAUCUAAGAGCAUUGGUGAGGGGAAGGUAGGCAGCGGUGUGGUGAAGCCCCUGGUCUCUCAGGUGAGGCCUCUCAUGGAGCACAACCAGGACAGAGACCAGAGCCAAGGCCAUAGCCAGAGGAAGGUCUCAGAAGACUCUCAAAAGGGCCCCACCGGGAGACUAGAAGUAGUGGACACUAUGGAGAAGUUUCUUAAUCUGCGGGCCUCUCCUCUGAGGAAGAAGCUGUUUAACCCUGCAGUGGACUCCCGUAGGAUGGUCAGCCCUGUGACCAAGGCUGCAGCCUCUCACCUCACAACUACAGGCAUGAGGAAGUCCCAGUCAGUCCAGAACCUGCACACUGAGGUAGACAUGCCUCUAACCCUGUCUCGGCCCUCCAAGGAGGUGGCCCCCCUGCCCCAUCACUCCCAGUUCCAUCACUCCCAGUUCCAUCACUCCCAGGCCAGCGAGGGUCAAGUGACACUCCCCACCACCCCCAGCAGCACACUGCCCAGCGUGCCCCCUUCUGCAGCCCCACCUCCCCCAGCCUCAGGACAACACCAGUACCAGCCACAGCACAGCCACUAUGCCCAGGAGCCUAAAGUCCCGCUGCUCCUACAUGAGCCCCACCACCAGUUCCAUGGCCAAGAUGUCCCGCUCCGUGUCCAUGGGAGACAACCUAAACGUGACUGAGGAGGAGUCUGGGUCUGGAAGUAGUUCCAACCCUCCAACGACCAAGAGUCAGAGCUGCUCCUCCCAGAGUCCGAGUACUAAAGCAUCUUUCCCAGUGGCCAUGGUCUCCUCGGUGUCCUCCUCCCUCUCAGGGAUGGGUUUAGCCAUGCCC